UCGACAAAAAUAUUGCAAGUCAAGGUCAAGUGCCAAUUUUCAGAAACAGUUUAAAUUUCUGUUGAAGAAACUAUUAAAAAUGUGCGAUAAUAUCGUUCUCGGUGUUAGAUUACAACCAAAUCAGUAUCAACGAAUUAAAUUAGACAAUAUAAAUUUAGACAACAACGUAGGUUUGGUUAAAGAUGAGGCUGCAAAAACACUUAAUGUGGAAAAACAAAGGAUGGAAUUGGUGUACUGUGGCAUUAUAUUGGAAGACAAUUCUACGUUAUCGUCAUACGGGGUUAAAUCAGGUGUUACUCUUCACGUAUUGGAGAAGAAAGUACCUGUGGUGCACACCAAAGUAAAGCCUAUAAGUGAAACAGACGUUCAACAACUAGUGGUAGCAUUUCGUUCUUUUCUUGUGUGCUCCGGCUACAGGGCAGCACUACACAAACUUUCUCGUCCGAAUGUUCUCGACAAUAUUAUCACCUCAACACCGGGUUUGGCUGAAGACCCAGUUGCCAUAGCUAUAAUUCGCGAUUCAGAAUUAAUAAUGCAGUUGGCCGAUCCUGACACUGUACGAUCGAUCGGAGAGUCACAUCCCGCCUUAAUAGACGCAGCACAUCGCAUUGCUGCUUUUGUAAGCAAAGAAACACAAAGCACGCCAUUUAAUACCCAAGCAAGUACCAGUUCCGGCUACUCCUAUUCACUUGAAGCUCUAUCGGACGACGAAGACAUGGAAUCGCCAAACGAAACUGCUCAAGAGGCCGCCCCUCUAACCCGUAAUUCAUCUUACAAUGCGAUCACGGCGGCUCAACUCGCAGCAGCUAUUGCUAAUGCAACUACUGCCACGUACGGAUUGUCAAGCAGCCCUGGAAACACAUCAAGUACUCCCACAGGGGGUACCAACAACAUUAUUACAUCGGAAAUGUUCAGUAAUGCCAUGCAGCAAGCUUUUGCUUUGUCACAAAAUCAGACACCUCCAACUAACAGAUUGGGAAGUCCGAGUGUUCCAGAGGGUUUCGAGGCAAUGACACGACGAUUACAGCCACAACUGCAGCAAAUGCGUGAAAUGGGGCUUGUUAAUGAAGUUAUAAAUAUUAGGGCGUUACAAACUACUUCGGGUGAUGUGCAAGCAGCAAUUGAACUUGUGUUAAGCGGCGCUUUUUCAUAGACCGAUAUUGAAGUAGGCUGAGCUUUUUGUGUAAUUUAAAAUUGCCAUAGAUUUUAUAUAAUUAUGCUUUCUGAAAGUAAUACUUUUCGCAUUGAAUUAUUCAAGAUUUUAAGUUUUUUAGAGGACAAAACUGGGAUGUUCCCAAUUAUCUGUAAAAUAUAUGAGGAUUUUUCAAAAUUGUGCUCAAAAAAGCUAACUAAAAUUAAAAACUUUGUAGAACUUAAAAAAUCCUCAUCGAAUAAAUAAAAGAAAAAUAAUAUUUUA